GCUGGGGGCAGGACACAGAGACUCACACUGAUACAAUGUAACAAGAGGGAUAUAUAUCAUACAGUGUUCGGGGCAGGCACAGUGAAACGAACAGGGAUAUAUACAUUAUACAGAGCUCGGGACAGCCACAGGUAUAUAUACAUUAUACAGAGCUCAUGGCAGGACACUAAGACAGCCACUGAUACAAUGUAACAAGAGGGAUAUAUAUCAUACAGAGCUCGGGCAGGCACAGUUGCAGGGGAGAUAUACAGUAUACAGAGUUCGGGCAGGCACAGUUGCAGGGGAGAUAUACAGUAUACAGAGUUCGGGGCAGGCACAGUUGCAGGGGAGAUAUACAGUAUACAGAGUUCGGGGCAGGUAGGGUGGCAGGGGACAUAUAUAGUACACAGAGUUCAGGGCAGGCACAGAGACAGGAGGCAGGGAUACAUAUAUUAUACAGAGCUCGGGGCAGGCAGGAGGAGAGAGAGGCCGGACCCUCCCCGUGUCCUCACCCCGCACCUCAUACACAGGAGGAGGAAGUGAGAGAGAGCUGCAGCAGCUGAGGAGGAGACAUCUGCACAGAGUAUAUACGCUGCCUCUGACCUGCCGGACGCUCCCGUACACCUCGUGAUGCUCCCACAGCCAGCGGCGCAGUACCCACCAGGCCUACCGAGAUGACAUCUAGUGAACUGCGGGGGCGGGCCUUCUACUGCCGGGAAUGGGCUCUUCAGAGGCUCGGCCACUGUCUGGAGAGGCUGGGGGGAGCGGCCGCACCUGGUAUUCUCAUCACCGGUGCCCCCGGGGCAGGAAAAACUGCCCUGUGUACAGAGAUCCUGUGGCCCACGUCUGAGGCAGGACGGAACGCACGGCUCAGCUCCAGGGUCCUGGCAUACCACUUCUGCCAGGCCCACACUCAUGCCAGUCUCAACCCGCAUCACUUCAUCCAGAGCCUGGCACGGCAGCUGCAGCACAGCACGCUCAUCCAGGGGUACAGAGGAGAGACCGACACAGAGACCUGCAAGGGGGACCUCAAUGACUUGUUCAAGAGGGUGAUCGUGUCGCCCCUGGAGAACCUGAUGCCGCCCUCGCAGAACCUGCUGUUGCUUGUUGACUCUGUGGACGAGAUGUGCUGCUGCUGUCGCUCAGACUGCUUCGAUGCGGAGCCCAGAUGCACCAUUGCGGAGCUGCUGGCCAAUCACUGCGAGCUACUGCCCCCGUGGCUGCUGCUUGUGUGCUCUGCGCGGAGGGUGAACAAGUCUGUCACCAGGAUGUUCACAGGUUUCCGCAGGCUGUGUUUGGACGAUCUCCGCAAGGCUCACGUUGUCCACAACGUUCAGCAGUACAUCCUGUGCCGCCUGGACAGGGAAGAGGCUCUGCGGCAGCACCUGACACCCGACACUGCAGAGAUGCUUAACCAGCUGCACAUAAAGAGCAACGGCUGCUUCCUCUACCUGGAGCGAGUGCUGGACGGCGUAUCCGAGGGGGCCAUCGUCCUCCGCGAGAUCCGCCAUAUCCCUGGCACCCUGAACGGACUCUAUUUGUGGCUGUGCCAGCGGCUUUUCUCCGGGCGGCAGUUCUGCCAGGUGCAGACGCUGCUGAAUGUCAUCUUGGCUUCUCCGUCUCCGCUGUUACCUUCUGAGCUGCACCAGGCGGUCUGGACCAAGCAGAUGAAAGGGUGGAGCGCUGAGGACUUCAGCAAGAUUCUAGGAUCCAUUUCCAUGUUGCUGCGCCCGCUAAGUGCCCCUGACGGUCUUCUCGUGCUCUUCCAUCACAGCUUUUCCGAGUGGCUCCUGGAUGUGAAAUACUGUACUCAGAAGUACCUGUGCAGUGUCUCCGAGGGGCACUGCAUGCUUGCCAUGAGUUUCUCGGCCCGAGCACCAGACCUGAAACCCGACGAGGUUCAUCAGCUAGCCAGGCAUCUUCUGCUGUCUGACCUCCGAGGACUAGAACCUUCUCACUUAGCGCUGUGGCUUUUGUGGACAGGGGUUCCUGUAUCUGACUGUUUGGCCUCAGACAUUCCCCUAGAGUUGGAAGUCUUGCAGUUGCUUCUACUGGCCAGGUGUAAGGUGGACAGUGAUUCGAUUGUGGAGUCCUCUGGCACUCUGAGGAAGACGCUACAGCCAGCUGGCUCUGUGGAAAUGCUGAUAGAGACUGGGGGUGGGUUAAACCAGCGGGAUCGUGCUGGAAGGACUCUGCUGGCUGCUGCAGCCCAUGCUGGGAACCUGGAGGCUGUUACGCUGAUGCUUUCCAGAGGAGCAAACCUGGAGGCUACAGAUGAAGAUGGGCAAACUCCUUUGGGACUGGCAGCCCACCGCGGACACGUGGAAGUGGUAGAGCUCCUCCUUAAGCAUGGGGCCUGCUAUGACCACACUGACAACCGUGCGUGGACACCCCUGCGCUCCGCCUCUUGGGGAGGCCACACUGAGGUGGUAGAAGUACUACUUGCAGCUGGCGCUCAGCCAGACAUUUCUGGCCCUGACGGAAGAACGGCACUAAGAGCAGCAGCCUGGGGAGGACACGAGGGCACGGUGAAGGCCUUGCUAGGAGCAGGGGCGGAGAUAGAUGAUGCCGAUGUGGAGGGACGCACUCCCCUUAUGGCGGCGGCUUAUAUGGGUCAUCAUACAGUUGCAAAGCUGCUGCUUGAAUCUGGAGCUAAUGUGAAUAAGUGUGAUCUGGAAGGGCGCACCGCUCUUGCUGUGGCCUGUCUGUGUGUGCCUGCGGGACACGGGCACCCAGAGCUGGUGUCUCUUUUGUUGGAACAUGGAGCAGACCCGGAGCUGCCAGACCAGGAGGGGGCAACACCACUACUGGUUGCUGCAUAUGAGGGGCAGGAAGAAGUUGCGGAGCUUCUGCUUGAGGCUGGAGCUGACCCCGAUCGUCCGGGAAAGGCACGGAUGACGCCGCUCCUGGCAGCUGCCUCGGUGGGACAUGCUGAGACGGUGAGGGUCCUAUUGCUUUGGGGCGCUGCUACGGAUGUCACGGAUACAGAAGGGAAGUCAGCACUGGUGCUGGCGGCCGCUGCAGCUAGAGGAGAAGAGGCUGUCAGGGUCUUACUGGACAGAGGGCUGAAUGAGAACCACCAGGACCACUUGGGCUGGAGCCCGCUGCACUGGGCAGCCUGUGAAGGAAGGAGAAAUGUCUGCCGCGCUCUUGUAGAAGGGGGCGCUAAAAUUAGCACAAGAGACAACGAGGAGUACACUGCUCUUCUCCUGGCAGCUCAGGAAGGUCACUCGGGCUGCGUAGAGUUACUGAUUAACAGGGGGUCUCCCCUAGACCAGCGGGGCAGAGAUGGAAUGACUGCUCUGUGCUUUGCUGCUCUCGGGGGCCACAAAAGUACAGUUGACUUACUGCUGAGAAAGGGAUCGGACCCUGAUAUAAAGACUAGCCAAGGCAAGCCGCUCCUGUACUUGUUGGCUCUGCAAGGGCAAACAGACAUGGCAAACGUUCUGUUGGAGCAUGGGGCUGACCCCGAAGGUAGGGAUCCGGAGGAACGCACCGCUUUACAUGCCUCCUGCUGGCAGGGAGACUUGGAAAUGGCUCGGCUUCUCCUGGGCAAGGGCAGGGCCAAUUGCAACGCCUUUGACAAAGAAGGGAGAACUCCUUUACAUUGCACCGCUUGGAGAGGACAUGUCAGUAUUGCCCAACUGCUGCUAGAGAAUGGGGCAUUCACUGAUGCCCAAUGCUCCCAGGGUGCCACCCCUCUCUGUAUUGCUGCCCAAGAAGGACAUGUGGAGCUGGCCAGAGUGUUGUUGGAGGAGGGAAAGGCCAGCCCCUUCCAUGCUGACCAUUAUGGACGUACCCCUAUAAGAGUAGCUGGGAAAGGUGGGCACAUCGCACUAGUGACUCUUCUGGAGAAACAUGGUGUUCCUUCCUACCAAGGGCAGAUGGGGAGAGCUCCAGAAAAAGACUCAUCCAGAAAAGAGAAAAUGGAAGCAGGUGCAGAUAGUUGGUCUACACUUUCCCCAGUGUCAACAGGUAGCCACUCGCUUGACAACUCCCUGAAGAGCUCUAGGGGAUCAGUUAUGACCUCCUCUACAUACCAUUCCCAGGCAACAGUGCCCAUGGACAUCCUAACCUUUACACAGCAGGUCCAGCAACACUCUCUUCCACGUAGCCGUUCCCGCCAAGCUGUUGCCAUCACGGACGUGCUUGGUUCCCAUGGUCUUCCUGAUUUCAUGCCCACUCAGCCAGUAGAUGCACCUACCUCACCACAAAGUCCCACAGCGUUUUAUGAACUUAAUAUAUGGGAAGCAGUUAGCAGGCCUAGCCAAAAUCCAAGUUCUCCGGACCGCGAGCUAAAGAGGAAUGGGAUUCUCACAAACCCAAAGUACGGAAGCCCUUCAUACGCUCUACGCAAGACCACUGACAGUGUGCACCUUCAGGAUAGGAAGGGUAACUCCAGCUCAUUUUGUAGUAAGAUGGGAGACCCUGGCUAUAGCCAAAAUAAAACCAGUAGCUCUGGAUAUUCAUCAAGUCAUACUGGCACCGAGAGAGACUUUGAGCACAGAAAGACCACGGACUCUCCAGAGAAGUCCAAGAACUUUGUGCACUGUGCUACCAAGACCGGGGAACCCAUGCGCUCUCCCCAAAUAAUGGGGAACCCUGUGUACUCUCCAAAGAAAUGCAAUGACCCAGUGACCUCCCCAAAGAGACCUGUGGAAACUGUAUCUCCUUACAAAAAAACACUAAACAUCGUAACCUCUCCUCUAAGAUACAAAGAUAAACCAUGUGGUUCCAAAAGACCUGAGGACUUCUCGUACUCUCCUGGAAAAGCCGGGGACACGGAGCACUCGCCGAGUAAGACCAAAGAAUAUCAUCAGUACUCUCCAAAUAAGUGUCGGGACCAGACCAGCUCCCCAGACAAACUGCAUCCUCCCAUUAUCUCCAUCACCACCAGGGACCCACAGCUACACCUCAAACAGGCCAUCAAGCUGCAGUUCGAGGGGCGUACGUGUGGAUUCAGCUACAGGAAGGAGACACCACUGUGAGGUGACGCGUUCAUUCUGCGGGAUCAGUCUGCUGGGCGCAGGAUCGGGCGCUGCGGAUAAAGCUGCUGAGGAACCUGCGUCGCAGUGGGAGCAGGAUUGUCACUGGCCUCCGGGAGCAGCUGGGCUGUUCCAGGCUGUGCGAUCAGAGGGCCAUCUGCUAUAGCGUUGUGCUGGGGACCUGUGUAUCUAACCUGUUGUGUAAGCAUUUAUACUAGAAUGGACAUAGGUUGCUAUGGGUAACGUCCCAUCCUGGGUGGUAACGACGUGCACUCAGUGAUGGAGGACUCGUAUAACCGAAUAAACCUUCUUCAUGUUGGUA